AUCACCAUAGAUGUCUUUUGAUUUUCAAGAUUGAUUGAUUUGAUUUUCCCACUUGCCACCAGAGGGAGCGUGAACCAUUGGCCUAUUUCGACUUGACGUGCCACCAAAAGUAUCAACCUGCCCUCGCUUCUUACUACUGUUCCCUUGGGAGUUCGAAGCAGCCGUCGUCGUGCAUCACGGGAAAUGUAGUCUUUCUUUCCCAUCUCCUGUCCCUUUUCCUCCAGUUUGCGCGCACCCAAGACUACACUUCCCAGGAGGCUGCGGAAGGGCGGUUAGAUCACCUGAUAGCUCACCGCUGUUGAGCAAAAUGGCGAUGCUCAUGAUGCGGCGCUGCCGGAAUCUGCUUUGGCUUGGAAAUCGGAACGUGGGGAAUGUCGCCGAACUCCAUGUCCGGGAGGGUCCGGUGGCCGCUAGCGCGCUCUGCCGGAGUAUAAGGGAAACCACAACGAAGCAGAACCGUGAUGUUUCAUGGGCAGCAGUGGUGGGCCUGGAAAUUCAUGCACAGAUUUGCUCCAACUCAAAGCUUUUCUCUGGCUCUCAAGUUCAAUUUGCAGCAGCACCUAACUCAUCAGUGUCUUUCUUUGAUGCCUCUUUACCAGGAACUCUGCCAGUUCUCAACAGAAGAUGCGUGGAAGCAGCAGUAGCAACGAGCAUUGCGCUCAACUGUACCAUAAACAAGAAGUCCUUGUUUGACAGGAAGCACUAUUUCUAUGCAGAUUUGCCUGCUGGCUAUCAGAUCACUCAGCAAAGGCUUCCCAUUGCUGUGAAUGGAAUACUGCCAUACAACCUGUGUAUAGGGAAGAACCAGAAUGAAAUGAUAACCAAGACUGUAAGGAUCAAGCAGAUACAGUUGGAGCAAGAUAGUGGAAAGAGCCUACAUGAUGAUUUAAGGAAUCAGACUCUCAUUGACUUGAACAGGGCAGGAGUUGGUUUGAUGGAGGUUGUCAUGGAGCCUGAUAUGUGCUGUGGAGAAGAAGCUGCUGCAGCAGUGAAAGAACUUCAGCUUAUCCUCCAGACUCUUGGGAGCAGCCAAGCAAACAUGGCAGCGGGCCAGCUGAGGGUAGAUGCCAAUGUCUCUGUGCAUCACCCUGGAGAGCAGUAUGGAGUGAGGACAGAAGUGAAGAAUAUCAACAGUGCCCGAUUUCUUGCAAAGGCAAUCGACUAUGAAAUACAAAGGCAAACCGAAGUGCUGGAGAAUGGAGGAACUAUUGUGAAUGAAACUAGAGUCUUUGAUGAUAAGCUUGGAUGCACCAUAACAAUGAGGGACAAAGAAGGAAAACAGGACUAUCGGUUCAUGCCGGAGCCCAACCUUCCGCCAUUGAUUCUCCAUGAUGCUAAAUCUUUGCCUGCUCACACCAACAGUCACCAAGUGGUGAAUAUUGAUUGGGUUCGGGAGAGGCUUCCAGACCUCCCCAGUGCAAAGAGAGCAAAGCUUGUUAAACAAUAUGGGAUCCAGACUCAGCACAGUUUCACCUUAUCGAAUGAAGAUGGAUUAAUGGAAUUUUUUGAAAUGGUGGUGAAAACAACAAAAAUGAAUCCCAAAAAGGUGGUUGGCUGGAUUCUAACACAUAUGCUUGGCUAUUUAAAACAACGUGAGCUUGCAGUAAAGGAAAGUCCCAUCAGUCCCCAACUUUUGGCUGAACUUCUGGACCUUGUAGAAGACAAAAAGAUUUCUUCCUCAGCAGGCAAAAAGGUACUGGAAGAGAUGUGGAAGGGGGAAGGGAAAACACCAGCUCUGAUUGUGAAAGAAGAGAAACUUGAAGCGAUCCAGGAUCAAAAUGAGCUCGAGCGCAUCUGUCAGGCUGUGAUGGAAGGCCAUCAGAAACAGGUGGAGACAAUAAAGAAAGGAAAUGCAAACGUGCUGAAUAAGCUCAUUGGAGAGGUUCAAAGAGCAACAAGAGGACGGUCGGAUCCUGUAGCAGUGAAAAAAAUACUAGAAAAACUGCUAUCAUAGAAGCCUGGAGUGAAAAUUCAGUAUUCUUGACAUUCUCAAGAGCAUCGGAGUGGUAAUUGCUUGACCCUCUGAUGCCUUUAGUAAUCAAGUCAUUGUACAGCCUCAGUCAAUGUGUGCUUGCAUGUCAGAUGAUUGCAGCUGCUUUCUACAGUUUCCCAAGUGUUGGUCAAACCAGAAAAUAAGUCAUGCCGGGAAGGAACUACAGUUGAAGAAUGCCAUUUUCAGUUUGAAACCUGCUGAUUUUGAACAUGUCUGAUAAACAAACAAAUUGAUCCAUUAUAUAUUUUCAAACAAUUAUUAAAUGCAACCUUCUAAAGACAUUUUCUUGGAUAUGGUGAAUGCAGACUAUCCUGUUUCUAAAAUACUUUUAUAAUGCACAUCCAAACGUGCAUUUCAUCAGAUCUUCAGAAACGUAUUUUGUUACAUGAGGAAGUGAAUCCUUCAGGCUGCUCUUAAGAAAAAAGUGGCAACAGCUGAUCAAUCCCCCAAGCUUCUUAUAUUGUGAAUUUCAUCAAGAUUUGACAUACCUGAGAAUCUUCUGGUUUUUGUUGAUUAACACAUUGUUGCAAAAUGAAAGUGGUAAGAAAGGAGUUCUGAAGGUGUAUUAUUUUCACAAUCUGAUUUAAACUGUUCAUGUAAUUAAGACAUUGGCAUGGCAAUCCUAACAUUGUAGGUAGAGAGUUCCCAUAUUGGAGGCUCCUAACAAACCAGAGUACCAAAAGAAGAGGGAGGAGAAUUGAGAUUUUCUUUUCUUUUCCUUCUUCUGUUGGGGACAUGCGAGGCCCGUGGGUUACAUCAUUUUUGUGUUCUCAGAUUUAGCGGCAGCUCCUUAGAAGAGAUGAGUGAGAUGAGAUCUUUUCCUUGUACAAUAGAGAUCUCUACACACCUUCAGACAAGGUGAUUAGGAAAAAAAUCCUAUCAUGCCUCAACUUCUCUCCCUGCUUUAGAGAAGACCCAAAAUAUCUUAUAGGUCAUAGGACUUGAAACUAUAAUCAGUACCCACUUAUUUGAAAGUAAUUUGUAUUGAACUAAACAGGGCAGAAGUGGGAGAUGUGUUGUGAGCUUGUGGUUUUCAUCAACCUCAUCAGUAUAGUGAAAGGUAAAAGAGGGGCACCAGUUCCCAUUCCUGCCAUCGGACUUACAAUACAGGGGGUUGGGGGCCCAUCCUCAAAUGAAAAGGUCUACUGUUGUUGUGGCUCCGCCAUCACUGCUUCAAAAGUAACAGGAACUAAAAAGGGCAUUACCAUCCUCAGACAUGUUCCAAAAUGCAGGAAAUGCACUUAGCAUUUGAAGGGGGAGGAAAAAAAUUAAAAGGAAACAUCAGUGCUUGGGGGUGGGGUGGAGGAAGCCUCCUUUCUCCAACCUGAGUCCAAUGAAGCCUAAGAAGUGAUGAGUUCUCCAGCACAGAAUCCCCCUGACCCAUCUUCAUAUAAUCGCUCUGCAAAUGCAUUGUUCCAUUAGGCAACAUUUUGCAGCAGCCCAGUCCUUCCUUCACAUUUAUGGUCCAUGAUGGAGAAGUUUUCCCAUUUUGCUUUAAUGAUGCUAUGCCAUCUUGGCUUAAAGAGAAAACACCUUUACAUUUCCUUAUAGCUGGGGGAACAACUGCAGUCAGUUUGCUUCAUUACCUUGCCACUGGAUUGUUAUGCACCUUGUGGUGGUAUAGAAAUACUCCUUUUUUGUUUGUGUCAGGUAGGGAUGGAUGUAACAGGCACAAGAAUGAUGGGGAAAGACAUAGGUCCCAUGUUGUCCCCUCCUGCUUGAGCUGAUUUUUUUCUCUCAGCUGGUAACCAUGGAUGGGUGGGUUUUUUUUCGAUUCAGCCAGAAAUGAACGAGGAAGGAGUCUAAUUGAGGUUCAAUGUGACUGUGAAAUCUUAAUACUGAUGGAAAAAAUACAUUUUAUUCAAUUUUCAUAAUUCUCUAUAUUCUAGAGAGAAAGAUAACAGUGAGACCUGUGGUAUUAAGCAGCUGAGUUGUCCGUCAUCUGGCAUUUAAAGCCAACUCUCCCCAAAAGUCUUCUUACCCCAGGCUUCAGCUGCUACAGAGAUGAAAGAUUUUGCUUUUGGAAUGAAGUCAGGAUGUGCCUCUCAAGCAGUUUUCAGGAACGUUAUAUUCCACCAAUAUCGAAGAAAAGCAGCGCUAUGGCAUUUCAAGACACAAACUGUUUUUCAACAUUUAAUGAAAUUUGUACAUAAAAGUACCUUAACAUUUUUGUAAGCAAUAAACAAUACAGUAUUCAA